CUGCACACUUCCCCGCGCUUCCCUUCCCUCUUCCCUCUCACUCCCGCCUUCUCUCUCUCCCUCUCCCGUUUCCCCAUCCAUCCCAUCCCUACCGCGCCCCAAAGCCCUAAACGCUCGCCGGCAUCCCGCAAGCCGCAUCGGAUGCUCCACCGCCGGCUCCGAUUCAUGGCGGAUUAGCGCCACGAGGUGGGUGGAGUACUGUAUCUCUGCUUUCAAAAUCCGGCUGCCGUCCCGUCCAACCCCGUGUUGGUAACAGGGCCUGCAAGUUUCAAGUUAUAGGUUCAAUUGGCGCUUGCUUAUCUAUAUCAGCCAUUACAGUAUGAGCAUAAUGACUGCUGCAAGAGAGCGUGCAAGGUUAGAGUACCUUAAUUCGCAGGAGCCAGGUGAUGCAUCACAGGCCAAUGCUAUUGAUAUUGUGGAUAGGCUGCUAGUAGAUGAUGAUAUAGAAACUUCUCAGGCAAUAACCAUUGACCAGAUAAGUGGGACAAAGUCAGCUUCCACUUUAGGUUCAAAAGUAGCCCAGUGCUUGGCAAAUAGGACUGACCGCAGUUGCCCAGUAGAGAAGGAAGGUGUUUUUGACUGGUAUGAUACUCCCAAUCACGAUGAUGGCAUUAUCAGUAACAUCUCCAGAGAAAAUCCAAGAGUUCAUGUAAAAAACGGAAUUUCGUAUUUGGACUACCAGAGAUGCGGUGGCUAUGGAUCAGGUACCAGGGCUGGGGCCAUGCUAGAGUGUAUUGAUGAGGACUCGGGCUCGAUCUAUCUGAAGAAACCAGAAACAGCUGUUGCUGCCAAUGAUUUAUAUGAAGCAUAUGAUGUUGGGCCAAAUACUCAAAUGGCAGCUGAAGCGAUGGAAGCAUUGUGCAAUGCAACUGUCAGUUAUGAUGUCAGGGAGAGUGAUCACCUGGAAAGUUCUUUAGGGAAAGAAAUUGAAGUGGAUAUGGUAUGUUCAGUAAACUCACCAAUUCAAAACCAAAAGCUAACCUGCUUACCUCAGAGCUCAGGGGGGAUGAUAACACAAUUUAAUCAACUCAAGGUAGAUGGCAUAGAAAGACCAAAUGGUGGAAGUUCAAUCCCUUUGGCAAAUUGUCCCAGUAAGUCAAAAACUAUGAAGAAUACAAAUCAGAUGACAAGGAAAGCAAAAAGAAGCAUGGACAGUGGGGUUUUAGGAGUCACAAAUGAUGAGGUGUCAGAAGUAAUCAUGGGAUCUGAUCCAGAUGACCCAAAUACUCGUUUACUAGGUAAAGAUGCUGUAAUCCAUCCUAAAAGAAAGAGAACCUGUAUGCUUACCUCGGGAAGUUCGAAAGUUGAGUUCUAUAAAGCUACCAGAUCAACUACAGUCAGAGCCAAAACUACAGGAGUAACAGAAUUGCCAGCAGCAAAAACAGUAUGCAUAUUCGAUCCUGGUACCAUAAAAGGCACAAACAUGUCCCGCAAGUCUUCUUUAGCUAUUCAUGAAGCAUCUGUAUCAGAUGCUAACUCUGCUGAUGCUUCUGUUGGAAUUACAACCCGUAGCAAGGUCCGAGGAAUUCAGAAAACUUCGCAUUCCAGUCAGCCUGAAGGAACAUUUAGCACCAGACUGGUAAAACAAUCCACAUCUGAACAGAAAGACAAUGAUUCUAGCUUCAAGAGUAGAGUACCACUGAGAAAGCUAAAUAGUACAGAGCCCCAAUCUAGGACACAUACAACCAAGAAGCCAAUGGAAAGAGGACUGACAAAAUCAGCAGGCUCCAGAGAGCUUGCUAGUCUAUUUAGUAAUGAAGUAUCUCCAGUUUUGCAAUCAAGCAGGCGAAGAAAGAGACAUAUGUCCACAGUCCGUGUUCUAUUCAGCCAAAGCAUGGACAGCAAAACCAUUAAAGAACAAACAAAGAUAUUGAUACACUUUGGAUUACCAGUGGCAACUACUAUUUCAGAGGCUACACACUUUGUUGCUGAAAAGUUUGCUCGUACAAGGAACAUGCUAGAAGCAAUAGCCAUGGGCAUACCUGUAGUCACACCAUCAUGGCUUGAAUGCUGUGGAGAAGCAAGAUGCUUCAUUGAUGAGAAAAAAUACAUUAUGAGGGAUGCAAAGAAGGAAAAGGAGCUAGGCUUCAGCAUGCCUGCCUCACUAAGCCAAGCCUGCAAAAAGCCAUUGUUAGAGGGUAUAAGAGUACUAAUCACGCCAAAUGCUAAGCCUACCAAGGAGCUUCUGAAAAGUUUAGUACUGGCGGCUCGUGGCAAGCCAUUGGAGAGGUUCACAGCGUUUAUGAAGAAUAAGAAUUUUGGAGGAGCCUUUGUAAUCUCUUGUGAACAAGACCACAACAUCUGUUUACCUUUCAUUAAGAAUGGUUUGGGAAUAUUUGACUCGGAGGUUUUGCUGAAUGGAAUUGUUGCCCAGAAGCUAGAGUUCGAAAGAUAUCGCCUUUUCCGCGAUAAAAUGUGAACUUUCUGCGGGAAUCCAGCGAGCUAACUUGCAAGACAACAAGCACUAAUAUCGUCAAUUUCUUCCUGUAGCUUCUGCUGUGAUCCCAUCCAGUGUUCUUUUUUUCUGCAAGAAUGUAUCGUUGCAGCUCUGAACUCCACCCAUUUGCGCUACCAUGUGACGUUCGACGCUCCGAUGACACGUUUUGCCCCUGGAGAUCGGCAACCUCUUGCCGCAGCCUUCCCCGCUGAAGAAGCCGAAGACUUCGACCAAACAUCUCCAGGCUGUGUUCUGUGCCACUCGCUGAGCCAUGUGCCAGUUGUAUGAUCAGGCUUUUGCGUUGCACUUUAUAAACUUGCUGUAAAACUGCAGAACUGAACUGGCUCGACCCAGGUUUCAAUGAAUUUACCCCCAUAUUGUUAGCUAAUAAGAACAUAAAAAUCCAAAUGUCCAAUAAGUGUGAACAACGCCAAGUAUGAAUAGUAGGCAUCACCGUUUUGCUUAUCCUUCUCUACCAGUUUAAUCA